GUGGAGUUUCGACCAAUGAGAAAGCGUCGUCUCGUUUGAACCUUGGGAGCGGGACUCUAUCCUGAGCUGUUGUUGAAAACGGAAUAAGGACUUAUAUUUCAUCCCGUAACUAAAUGAAUUAAUUUUAGCUUUAAAUCAAAAAAUAAAAAAGGUGUGAUAACGGAUAGAGACGGUUACCACGGUAAUGUUUGAGUUCGUCGGUUCCCGAUCUUGUUGGUGAAACGGACCCUGCAAAAAAAAGAGUAAAGAUGAACCGAGCAGGCCGACCGUUGUUCAUGAAGACCUACGGCAAACAGAACCGGAAGUUGGAGGCCUGGAUCUCCCCUGACAACCGAAAACAGGUUUUCGCCAGCACCUCUUCCUCUGACCUGUCCAUCGUUGAGCCCUCCAGCCCCAAACCCCCGGCCAAGAGAGUGAGAAAGAGAAGUACAGCAGAUAUCAGUAGAGAGCUGCGACCGGCUAAGACCAAAGCCCUGUCCUGGACAGCAGAUAUCAGUAGAGAGCUGCGACUAGCGAAGACCAAAGCCCUGUCCUGUCUGAGAGAGCAGGACAGUGAUGAAGAGAACAUCUUCAUCGUCCAUCCUCCUCCCCAGCAGCAGAGCAACAGGAAGCCAUUCUUGAGGCGUGCUGGUCGGAAGGCCAGGCGUAUUGUGAGCUCCAGUGAGAGUGAUGGAGAGACAACGACCACCAGACAACCCAACCCUAAACGCUCCCAACACACCACAGCUAGAGCCAGGACACACACACAUCCGUCUCCAGUUUUGGCUCCAGGGAAGUUUGUGACUCAUCGUAGGGGAGCAACAACAACAACCGCCAAACACAAAGCCCCCAAGAGGAAACUCAGUGUCCUGCUAGCCCAGCUCAGCCUCAACUCCUCUGAUGACUUCGUCCAGGGUGGAAGAGAAGAAGGGGGAGUGGUCCAGCGUUCCUUCCCUCGCCGUGCCAAACAGGGGCGCCGCCGGGCCCUGGCCAACGCUGACAGCUCAUUGGCCGACCUGGGUAACAGCGGAGCAACCAACAGUAAAGGUUUCCUGCGAGAUAUCUCUCUGAACGUGUCGCCCGAGCGACCCUGCCACAGGAAACCUCUCUUCUCCUCCACCCCCAGCUCACGUUCCCUCCCUCCUCCUCCCUCCUUCCUCCGUCCACCCAUCUCUCCCUCCGCCAGUGACAUCAUCUCUCUGAGCACCACCCAGGAGGAGCUCGAUAUUCCAGAGGACCCCCUCUCUCUCACAGAGCUGCGCCAGCUGUCGUCCCUGGGCCAGGCAGUGGGACAACCAGAGGUAGGAAACCGUGAAGAGCCGACUCCCCGUGGAUCAACCAGCCUGAGGAGUAACGGGAGCCGGAAUGGAGGCUCGGCGAUCCAAGAUGGCGUCGGUGAGCAGCCGAGCCCGGAGCUGUUCUCCGCGGUUGCCUGUGAGCAGACUGACCCAGGCAGGGCCGGGGAGGAAACUGAGGACGGCAGCCAUUUUGUGUCAGCGACGGUGGGACAGGAUUGGCUGGCCGAGGUCGUGAAGGAGAGGUGUCUGACACGGUGCUGUGCCGUACGGCUAGAGAGAGUGUACAAACUGCACGGCGACACCACAUGUUCACCCUGCGUCGACCAGACACGGUCACAUGACAACGGGCGGUCUGUUGACCACGUGCGCUCGGCGACCAGGGGUCAGUCCAUCGACCACUCGGUGAUCAGGGAUCCCUCUAGAGACCACACAGGGUCAGUGACUGAAGGGCAGUCUGUAGACCGUGCGGUCAACGACAGCGGUCAGUCUCUGGGCCGUAUCGUGUCUGUCAGCCGGACCAGUGAGGAACCUGUCAGGGUGGAGCAGAGACUGACCACACACUGUGAGGUACAGCUGGGGAGGCUGACCGUAACUCGACCCCACAGAGAGACCAGCCUGACCGUAACUCGACCCCACAGAGAGACCAGCCUGACCGAAACCCGACCCCACAGAGAGACCAGCCUGACCGAAACCCGACCACACACCAGCCUGACCGAAACCCGACCACACAGAGAGACCAGCCUGACCGUAACUCGACCCCAUAGAGAGACCAGCCUGACCGAAACCCGACCACACAGAGAGACCAGCCUGACCGAAACCCGACCACACAGAGAGACCAGCCUGACCGAAACCCGACCACACAGAGAGACCAGCCUGACCGAAACCCGACCACACAGAGAGACCAGCCUGACCGUAACUCAACCCCACAGAGAGACCAGCCUGACCGAAACCCGACCCCACAGAGAGACCAGCCUGACCGUAACUCGACCCCACAGAGAGACCAGCCUGUUGCCCAGUGACCACAACCCACGGUCGGACAGCAGUACGGCAGGUGACCACGCACGUUCAGAGCACGUUCCCAGGGACAGUCUCGUCCCUAAAGAGCACGUUCCCAGGGACAGUCUCGUCCCUAAAGAGCACGUUCCCAGGGACAGUCUCGUCCCUAAAGACCAUGUUCCCAGGGACAGUCUCGUCCCUAAAGAGCACGUUCCCAGGGACAGUCUCGUCCCUAAAGAGCACGUUCCCAGGGACAGUCUCGUCCCUAAAGAGCACGUUCCCAGGGACAGUCUCGUCCCUAAAGAGCACGUUCCCAGGGACAGUCUCGUCCCUAAAGAGCACGUUCCCAGGGACAGUCUCGUCCCUAAAGAGCACGUUCCCAGGGACAGUCUCGUCCCUAAAGAGCACGUUCCCAGGGACAGUCUCGUCCCUAAAGAGCACGUUCCCAGGGACAGUCUCGUCCCUAAAGAGCACGUUCCCAGGGACAGUCUCUUCCCUAAAGAGCACGUUCCCAAGGAAAACCCCCACAGAAGGAAGGUGGGAGGAGCUCCUAUAGAGCGUAGGCGGAGGAGCGUGUCUCGGGAGCGGCCCGCCACCAGUAGGAAGGUGUGUGUGAGUGGUGUGAGUGUUAGUCGCUGGGGAAGAAGAGACGGGGCUCCCAACAGCAGAGCAGCACCUCCCCCUGGCCGAGCUGGGGACUGCAGCAUUACUGAACUGCUGUCUGCUCAACACACACACGGGGUACCCAUUCUAUCAGACAGUAUGGUAUUGGGGACUCCAGUUCGUGGUAACAGACUCCACCUGUCCUCUCUGCUGGUCAACCUCACUCCUGAGACUCACACCUGGAGUCGCCUCAAAGCUGCCCUCUCCCUACACAGGAAGACCAAAGCGUUCCUGACUCCGAAGAGGCCUCUCUACCUGCUGUCCUCUCCUGAGGCGGAGCUAGAGGCGGAGCUAGGUGAUGUCAGUCAAAAACUGUUCUCCACGCCCCGCCCACCAAACCUCCGCUCAACGAUACAGGGGAGCACUCCUCUGAGUGUGUAUUCGUUAGACGGAGAGCUGUCUGAUGACCAGAAGGUGUUUUUGGAGUGUAACCAGACAGGACCUCUGGGCUUCCAGGACUGUCUCCCGGCAGCCAGGAUGAAGCUGUGUAGGAAGAUCGGAGAGGGGACCUUCGGAGAGGUCUUCAGUACCACCAACACCUCUGGAGACGCUGUCGCUCUCAAGAUUAUCCCAGUAGAAGGAUGUGACCAGGUGAAUGGAGAGGAACAGAAAACCUUUGGAGAAAUCCUCCACGAGAUUAUCAUCUCCAAGGAGCUGAGCAGUCUAAAGGAGAAGAAACACAACCAGACCACUGGCUUCAUCGGACUGAAGGAUCUCCACUGUGUUAAGGGCUGCUACCCUCCAAGCCUGCUAAAAGCCUGGGACUCCUUCAACACACAGAGAGGAUCAGAGAAUGACCGGCCAGAUUUCUUCAAUGAGGAGCAGCUGUUUCUGAUCCUGGAGUUUGAGUUUGGAGGCAGUGACCUGGAGAACAGUAAUGGACAGCUGGCGUCAGUGAUGGUGUCUAAGAGUAUCCUCCAUCAGGUGACUGCUGCUCUGGCUGUGGCUGAACAGGAGCUCUGCUUUGAACACAGAGACCUCCACUGGGGUAAUGUGUUGGUCCAGUCCACUAAGGAGAAGGAGGGGAGUUUCCUCCUCAAUGGAACAAACCAUUCCUUAGAGACCAGGGGGGUGAGCGUACGCAUCAUCGACUACUCCCUCUCCAGGCUCGAGAUUGAUGGUCUCACCGUGUCCUGUGACAUCUCAGAGGAUGAGGAGUUGUUCCAGGGACAUGGAGACCUGCAGUUUGACAUCUACAGACUCAUGAGACAGGAGAACGGUAACAAGUGGGGUGACUACCAGCCCCACUCCAAUGUGUUGUGGCUCCACUACUUGAGCUCCAAGCUGCUGACUAUGACCUAUAAGAGUCGAGGGGGGCGGGGCGUCAAGCAGGCCAGGUUGGACCUGCAGCGUUUCCACGACGAUGUCCUCACCUUCCGAUCUGCCUCUGACAUACUGUACAACUGUGGCCUGUUCCAAUGAGAAAGAGAGUGUGUGUACUGCCACAUAUUGUUGUUGUUGUUGUUAGCGGGAUGCUAAGUGGUUAGCGGGAUGCUAACUGGUUAGCGGGAUGCUAACUGGUUAGCGGGAUGCUAACUGGUUAGCGGGAUGCUAAGUGGUUAGCGGGAUGCUAAGUGGUUAGCGGGAUGCUAACUGGUUAGCGGGAUGCUAAGUGGUUAGCUAUAGUAUUGUGUAGGAGGAUCCAGUCGUAACCUUUUUUUGGAGGUGAACUCUUCUUGUGAAUAAUAUUUAUAAACCCAGAAGACUGUAAUGGCUUUGUAUUCUAAAAUUAAAAAAUGGGUUUCGUUAAUAAACGUUGAAUUAGAAACAAUGACCAAAAA